UCAAUUUGACUUUCUCAAAGCAUAUCAUAAAUUCAUAAUUCAUGUUCCACUGACUCGAUUUCUUCCCAUCAACUUUCAAAUUCCAUAUCACCUUUUUUUUUCUUGAUUGAUCAAACAAAACAAAUUUCUAUAUCACCUCAUCUUGGCAACGCUGUCGUAAAUAGACAAACACGAACCCUAAUUUUCCGAUUUCCUUAUUUGGCAACACCAAAAUUCAAGCCUCACAAUUCCAGGUUACGAAGCAGAAGCAUAUUUCUGUUUCUGGUUUAGUUGAGUUAAUUCCCCUUCUUUCCAACACUUGUCCAAAGCCAAAGCUUUAAGCUUUCUCUGUGCAUUUUGUUCCAGUCCAAUUAAUAUAUCAGAUAAAGAAAUGGGGUCUGUGAUGAGUUUGUUUUCUUCAAAGAUUAGCAAAGAAGACUUGGAAUUAGCCUUGACUAAGGCUAAGGAGAUAGUAUCCUCUGGUCCUGUCAUUGUCUUCAGUAAGACUUACUGCGGUUACUGCCCGCGGGUCAAGAAUCUCUUGACACAGCUUGGAGCAUCCUACAAGGUCAUUGAAUUGGACAUCGAAGGUGAUGGAAGUAAAAUACAGUCAGCUUUACUUGAGUGGACAGGGCAAAGGACCGUGCCUAACGUGUUUAUUGGACAAAAGCACAUUGGUGGUUGUGAUGAUGUAAUGGAGAAACACAAAGCAGGUCAACUGGUUCCACUUCUCAGGGAUGCUGGGGCGAUCGCCUAAUGCCAAUUAGUCUACUCAACUCUGAACAGCCACUGAAAUAUUUAAUUAAAUAUUUCUAGCAUUACUUUGUGUGAAUAUUUAGCACAACAAGCAUGUUUAAUGUGCUCCAAUUAUGUGAAAAGGGAUCCUGUUAUUAUCAUGAAUGUAUUAUAUCAAUGUUAAAAUAAAAAAAUUUAUGUGUGAUUUAUGUAAGUGAUUACGUGUCUUCUUUUA